UCCAUGUAAAACGCCUCAGUGACUGUGUGUCAGUUUCCAUUUUACAAUUCCUGCUUUGCGAGGCAGGCGCCAGGACGCUUCGGAUUCGUGAGGGGAAGCCCGCUGUCUCUUCACAGGCCUGAGCGAAAACCCUUGAAGGUAGAAGGCGGGGGGGACUGCCUCUGUGGAAUGCUUGUGCCCCCCUGUAAUUAACUUGAGUGCAUGCGGCAGGAAUGAGUAGAGAGGGCCCCUGAAGAACAUCCGGAUGACCUUUCACAAAAGACAAGCAGCACAAGAUUCACAGCCUUGUUGCAGACAGACAGGGUCGCACGUCACUUGGAAGGGGACAGUGUAAUAGUCCUUGUAGGCAGAGCCUCCUGCGAUGAGUUUUCAGGAUUUGGGGGCGGGGCCAGCACGAGGUCCCGCAAAUAGGGGCCCCAGUGGGGAUGGGACACAGCGGCUGGCGGCGAGCAUCUUUCAGCUCAAGACCGCAGUGAACACAUACCAGAAGGAUGUCAAUACGCUGGGGACGCCCAAGGACACACCGAAGCUGCGAGAAAAACUGGCAAAGACGAACGCGCAUAUAUCCGAACUAGCAAAGAAGGCCACAGAUGAGUUGAAGGCAGCUUCGGGGCGGGAUCAUACGGCAAACGUUGGGUUGGAACGAAAGCGGCAGGACACGAAACUGGCCGCCGACCUCCAGCGAGUCCUCAACGAUUUUUCAAAAGCCCAACGAGAAGCACUGGACCGAGAAAAGAAGUACAUUCCAUAUGUGCCCAAGGAAAGCCAGAACCCAGACAGUCUGCAUAUACAAGUGGAGGGGGGGAGCAGAGAUGAACGGCAAACGUUAUUAGUGCAGCAACAAAGGCAAGAGGUGCUGAACUUGGAAGCUGACCUGGACUACAACGAGGCGCUGAUCGUCGAGCGCGAGGAGGGGAUCCGGGAUAUCCAGGGGCAGAUCCUGGAGGUGCACGAGACGUUCAAGGACCUGGCGCAGCUUGUGCAAGAACAGGGCAGCUCUAUAGAUCUGAUCGACUCCAAUCUGGUGUCCACGGACGAGUCCAUGAUCCGGGCGAACAAGGAACUGCGAGGAGCUGCCAAGCGGCAAAAGUCAAACGCGUCGACGGCGUGCUGCUUAAUGGUCUUCUUCAGCUUAGCGCUAAUCAUCAUCGUCUUUGUGAUGGUGGCGUAAGCAAGGAACACUGGGAAAGCUGGGAGUAUGUACAUAGAAUAGAUACGCACAUUGAGCAAAGCUGUUGAUCAGAUACUAAACCUGUAAGAUUAGCUGGGUGUAUUGUCCCCACCGGACAUCUAUAAGUGCUACUUUGUACCACGAAAAAGGACAUGUUGACAUUCAUCAAGUGUCCAUCAUGUGUCGAUGGAUAAGUUUCGCGCUAAAUCAACGCUUGCACCAUGUGUUGUGCGCAACAAGACAA